CGUGGGCGGUGGGCAGGAUGGAGAGCGACCAGCGGCGCUUCGACUCCGGCGAUCUGCCGUCUCUGCGCCGGAUCGUGUGCGAGCAAGGGCCCAUCUCCCGUCCCGACGGCUCCGUCUCUUGGAUGCAGGGGGAUACCUCUGUGUUAGUUGGGGUGUAUGGACCCACAGAAGUGAAGGUCAGCAAGGAAAUCUACGAUAAAGCAACUCUGGAGGUGCUGCUAAGGCCAAAAGUGGGCCUGCCAGGGGUCUACGAAAAAAGCCGAGAACAGAUGAUCAAAAAGACUUGUGAGGCGGUGAUUUUGGGCAACCUGCAUCCCCGGUCCUCUAUUACGGUUGUUCUCCAGGUGAUUACAGAUGCUGGAUCUCUGCUCUCCAGCUGUUUGAACGCCGCCUGUGUGGGGUUGGUGGACGCAGGACUGCCCAUGAGCUCCCUCUUCUGUGGAGUGACCUGCGCCUUGGACGUCGAUGGGAACAUCCUCCUAGACCCCACCGCCAAGCAAGAAAAGGAUGCCCCUGCGGUGUUGACCUUCGCCAUCGAUAGCGUGGAGAAGAAAAUCCUACUCUCCACCAUGAAGGGGACGUGUUCCGAAGAACAGCUUCAGCAAUGCAUUGCCACCGCGCAGCGAGCGGCCGAAACCAUCUUCCGCUUCUACCGAGACGCCGCAUGCAGGAAGUACUCAAAAUGGUGACUUUUCUCUCCCCCCCCCCCCCCCCCCCAAUCACCAGCACAAUGGGACAUUCCUAAGGAAGAGCGGCUGAUGCAGCCAACACCCUUCUAGCAGCGGACUCUACUUUCCAGAUGUAUGCUGGCUGAUGUUAACCCAGGUUGGGGAAGCAGCUGGCAGGUGGGGCACCAACAAGCUAGGGAUGCUGGCUACCUCAACACCUGACGACCUUCAGCAUCCAGGAUUUCCAAGCUGCAUGUUAAACAUCCACUUCCUGCUUCCAGAAAAUGUUUCCAGAUCCAGUUUGAUUCUUGCUCGGUUUUAUCUACGUUUUUUUUCCCCCACCCAGCUGAUUCAGCCCAUCCUGUUCUCUUCUUCGCGGAGUUAUUUCUUUUUUUCUCCUUGUCUCCUGCCUGAAAUUAUCAUGCUGGGUUUUGGCAAAGCUAGCCAGGUGUCUUCUUGCCAUGAUCAGGAAGAAGCAAAGGAAGAACUUAUCCUGGUUUGUUUAAAGGAAGAAUUUAUCCUGGUUUGCUUAAAGCAGAGGUCUCCAAACUUGGCAACUUUAAGACUUGUUGUCUUAAAGUUGCCAAGUUUGGGGACUCCUGGCUUAAAGGAACAAUUUAGCCUGAUCUGCUUAAAGGAAGAAUCUAUCCCAGUUUGCUUAAAGGAAGAAUUUAUCCCGGUUUGCUUAAAGGAACAAUUUAUCCUGGUUUGCUUAAAGGAACAAUUUAUCCUGGUUUGCUUAAAGGAACAAUUUAUCCUGGUUUGCUUAAAGGAACAAUUUAUCCUGGUUUGCUUAAAGGAACAAUGUAUCCUGGUUUGCUUAAUGCCCGCCAUAUAUUUUUUUAAUCUCUUGCAAGUCAGUUAUUAGUCUGGCUCUUAUAUCACCUGAAGCUACCAAUUUUGAUCACCCAGCUUG